CACAGCGUCUACACGGCCAAAUUAUAUGAGGAGAAGAAGAAGAAAAAAAAACAAAAGGAUGGCGCAGAUAUGACGUAACCACAACAAACAUAGACUGGCUCAGGCUAACUUAGCAUCGCAGCUAACACGGUUGUGUUGACACAUUGAAACUGGCUCAAUAGAAAACAGAGCACAGAGACAUAUUAAUGGACCGGAGCGGGGCGGAGGCAGCCGCAGUCACCAGCCGCAAACGGAGCGUGGCGUGGCGCUUCUUUAAAUCCGUGAACUCCAGGUCGGUGCAGUGUCUGCUGUGCAGCGGCCUCCAGUCCAAACAGCAGGGCAGCACCACGUCCAUGCUGAGACACCUGCGGCUCAAACAUCCCGGAGAGGUCAGCAAGAAGUUCAGGGGACGAGCGUCUGAGGCUGUCCACACGAACAGGAACGGCCACCAGGAGGCGCACACGGACAUGGAAUCUGCUCUGGAGGAUGGAGAAUCUGACAUGCACGAGACUGUGAAUGAAUCUGACAUUAGUUCCUCUGUUACCGGCGUCCAGGAGGCUGCACAGGGAGAUCCAGCAGGACAGGCUGCUCACAGACAGGCAUUUGAUGAUGGUGAUAACCAUCCUGUAAGAUGUACCCGGCACAAGCGUAGUUUGAUCUGGAGGCACUUUGAGCAUCUGGACAGUUUGAACGCUGCUCGCUGUCUCAUUUGCAUGAAGAAGUUACAGUGCAAUGAAGGCGGCGGAACCAGCAACUUGCGUCGCCACAUGUUGAAGAGACACCCGGAGAUGUUUGCCAGGCUCGUGGCUGACGGGCUGAAACCGUUUCCACCAGAGUCUUCACAUGGCUCAAACACCAAUGGUGACACUUCCAAAGAGCAGAGGCAGCAGUCAGGUGUGCUGCCAUGUCCAAGAGCAUUUGAAGGAGAAAAACGGUUGUUGAGAAGAGAGCAGGAGCUGAUUGAAGCACUGAGGAGAACGCAGAAAGAGGAGGCCCGGGCUCUGGACCAUCAGAGGGAGCUACUCGAGAAGGUACGUGCAGCGGAUGCCAGAGAGGCAGCUGCAGAGUGGAAGAAAAUCGAGUCGUUGAGGAAAGCGCAGCAGGAGGAAGCCAAAGAACUGGGCAGACAGAGAGAAGAGCUGAAGAAAGAAAGGACAGAGCUACAGAAGAAAUGUGAAGAGCUUCAGCAGGAAAGAGAAGAGCUUCUCUCGUUUUCCAGAGGACAAUAACCCUCCUGAUGGUGUUACAACAUGACUGAACUCAGCUUUUCUAUAAACGCCAUGGAACUAUUUCAAACACUUAAAGGUCAUUCAUCCAAAUGUGUUUUGAAACAUACAGUCAAUGGAUUGAUGACCUGACAUCACUGGCAUGAAAUAUAAAUGAAUAUGAACCAGGACAAACAUCUCCAACCCUGCAUUCACAAGCCACCAGAGCUACUAUAAAGCUGUCACUGUAUGUGUGUGCAUGGAGAUAUUGAAGUAUAAGCUGAUUGACAGAGACACAAUAAAUAUGUCACAGUAAAUUAAAAAAAAAAUAGAAAACCAGGUUCCACCUGGUCUUCAACCGGGGACCUUACGUGUGAAUGUGAUAACCGAAACAGAAACUGGUGAGCAUGAACAAAGAACAUUUUUAUAUCAAUCUGAUAUUUAGUGAGCGGAGCCACACAUGUAGAAGACACUGACGUAGAUGCAUUCCCCUUAACACAUUCGUAAACAAGAGGAAAUAUUGUCCACUAUUCUACUUUCUCAUAUUAGGAAGGUCCUAACCAACUGCAGUAUAUGAGUAUAUAAAGACUAAGAUUUGAAGAUAACAGAUUAGUUUCGAUCACCUCAGGACUGAAGCUUCAUAUUAACAGGGACAUUAUUUCAAAGCAGACUUGAAAAUGCAUGAACGGAUCCUUUAAAUAUAAAUGGUACAGCGCAUGCGUAAAAAAUAGACGCUUAACCCAGAGUUUGACUAGUCAGGUAGCGUAUGUGCUGCCACAGCUCGUCUCUAAUGGUGACGUCUGAAUUUAUGGUAUCGACGCUUAAAGAAAAUGUUAUUUUAGUGUUUGAAGACGCGUUCACCGACAUUUUGUCGUGAAAAAGCAGCGUCUUCUCCUCUGUGACUCUUCUUUGAACGAAGCAGCGCUGCCUGACAGCUCGUAUCCGGGGAAGUCCUCCCUCAGGCUCGGUGUUGCUGUGGUGGAAGAUGGCGGACAGUGGAGCCGUGGCGGCCAGAAGAUGUGACUCCGGCCCGGUGUCCUCCAUCAGCAUGGACACCAUCUGUGGGCUGACGGAGCUGGAGGACCUGGAGGGAGUUUACCAGCAGCUCUGCGCGGAGGAGACAGAAGUGGAGGCUGAGCUGGACAGACUGGUGGGACAGGAAGGGACCAUAAACACCAAGAUGCUGGCACUGCAGAGGAUGGGGCCCAACCUGCAGUUGAUCGGAGGAGACGCCAGUCAACUGUCAGGCAUGAUCACAUUUACCUGCAGCCUGGCUGAAAACGUGAGCCGCAAAGUCCGACAGCUUGACCUGGCAAAGACUCGGCUGUACAACGUCAUCCAGCGGGCUGAUGAUAUCCUCGACCUGAAGUUCUGCACAGACGGCGUGCAGACGGCUCUGCGUAACGAGGAUUUUGAGCAGGCGGCUGCCCACAUCCAUCGAUACCUUUCUCUGGACCAGUCUGUUAUAGAGCUGAGCAGGCAGGGAGAAGAAAGCAGCGCUGUGGAUGCCAGCCUGGUCAUGCUGCAGGAGGCAGAGCAGAGGCUGAAGGUUAUAGUUGCUGAGAAGCUGGAUGAAGCUGUAGCAGCAGUUGAUAUCGCGCAGGUGGAAAGGUUUUUCAAGAUCUUUCCUCUGUUGGGCCUCCACCAACAGGGCCUCGCCCGCUUCGGUCAAUAUCUCUGCAGUCAGCUUGCCUCUAAAGCCGAAGAAAACCUGCUUCUCGCUACAGGAGGAGACCUGGGUGAGAAGAGAGCACUGCUUGUCUUUGCAGACACGUUGACGCUGCUUUUGGAAGGCAUUGCUCGUGUCAUUGAGACUCAUCAGCCUAUAGUUGAGACGUAUUAUGGUCCAGGGCAUUUGUACACACUCAUCACUCACCUGCAGCAGGAAUGUGACCGACAGGCUCAGAAAAUAGUUGACAAGUUCAUCCAGCAGAGAGGAUACCACAACAAGUUCCAGAUUGUGCAGAGCAGCAUGAUGAAGAGCAUGCCAGGAGAGAGAAUUGAGCCCAGGGAGCUGGACCCUGUGCUGGCAGAAGUUACCCUGAUGAACGCACGGUCAGAGCUCUACCUGCGCUUUUUACGGCGCCGCAUGAUGGCUGACUUUGAAGUUGGAGACGUUCAGAGCAUCACACAGGAACAUCAGCAGAAUGUGGAGAAGCUGUUGAAACACUGUCUGCUGAGUACAACAAUGCAGGAGCUGAUCGGCUUCUAUAUUCCAAUGGAAGAAUAUUACAUGAGGGAGUCUGUAAACAAGGCUGUUGCUAUGGAUACGUCUGAAAAGGGGCAGCUGACCUCCAGUAUGGUGGACGACUGUUUCUACAUUGUGAAGAAGUGCAUCAGCAGAGCUUUGUCCAGCUCCAGCAUCGACUGCCUGUGUGCCAUGAUCAACCACGCUAACUCUGUGCUGGAGUCGGACUUCAGGGAGGUGUUGUACAAUAAGCUACGGCAGGGCUUCCCGGCGACGACUCUUCAGGACAUCCAGCGUGGCGUCAGCAGUGCAGUCAGUCUGAUGCAGAGCAGCUUGCAACAGGGCAAGUUCAACACUAUGGGCAUCGAGAGCGCUGAACACGCUAAGGCUGCGUUUCUGGUGACUCUGAAUAAUGUUGAGGUGUGCAGUGAGAAUAUCACAACUUUAAAGAGGAACCUAGAGAACGAUUGUUCCAAGUUGUUCAGUCAGGGUGGCUUCUCUGGAGAGCAAGCCAAGAUUGAAAGCUGUUUGUCCGACCUCGUCAACACAUCCACAAAGUUCAAGGAUCUCUUACAGGAGGGUCUGACUGAGUUAAACACCACAGCAGUGAAGCCUCAGGUCAAACCAUGGAUCAGUAGCUUCCUGGCAAUCUCACAUAACAUAGAGGAGGAGGAGUUUAAUGAUUAUGAAGCUAAUGAUCCCUGGGUGCAGCAGCUCAUCGUUAACUUGGAGCAGCUCAUGGCAGAGUUCAAGAUGGCCCUCUCUCCUGUCAUUUACGACACUCUCACCAGCCUCAUGACCACCUUGAUAUCAAUAGAGAUGGAGAAGACUGUCCUCAAAUGCUCAUUCAGCAGGCUCGGAGGGCUGCAGUUCGAUAAAGAGCUUCGGUCUCUUGUGGCGUAUCUCACCACCGUCACCACCUGGACCAUCAGGGAUAAGUUUGCUCGCCUCACACAAAUGGCCACCAUCCUCAACCUGGAGCGGGUUACAGAGAUCUUGGAUUACUGGGGCUCUAACUCGGGCCCCCUGACGUGGCGGCUGACGCCAGCCGAGGUGCGGCAGGUUCUGGCGCUGCGUAUCGACUUCAGAAGUGAAGAUAUCAAGAGGCUGAGACUGUAACUCCUGAACCGGUCUGCUUGUUAACAGUGACUGUUGUGCAGCACACACCUUGUGAUGCAUUGCACUAAAGAGCGCCCUGCACAAUCCAGGUUUAAUCCACGUUCCUGUAAAUGGAUGUGGGCAGGGCAUGGGCAAAUGGCUGGGGAUUUCUUUUCUUUUUUUUACGUAGGAAACAAAUGCUCAUUUUCUCUCCCAGGAGAUUUCAGUCGAGUUUUCCAACUGCCCCCCUUCCGACACCCGGUUGAUGUCAGUGUGUAUUAGAGCUGUUUUGGGGUCAGUGCUUGCGUUUACGUGGCAGGAGAAUAAGUGGAAACUGUAAAAUAUGAGAAUAUUCUGCUAAAUGUGUAAUUAAAAGUGUGUGUGUGUAAUUGUACGACAGCAGGAGUUGGAACCUUUUAACCUGUGAAUGGUUCUGAGAAACGAGGACACACUGGGACUGAAGAGUGAGUGAAACAGAGCAGUAAUGAACAUCAUACCCAUUAAACUGACAGAAGCAGGUCAGACAGCUGAUCCAGCCUAGUCAUUCAAUAUAUGAAUAGCUCCUUGUCUGUGAUGAUGGAACACUUUUAACCUAAUAAAUUGAGAGGCACAACGGAGCGCUCCUGAUCCCUGCCAUCCGCCACAUUUCACCAAGUGCUGCCCUAGUGCCAUGUGAGACCUGUUCCCAAUCUUUUAUGCGUGUUUCUGACACUAAAUACAAAGCUGUGUUCACCAGUUAAUGAAGCAUUAAAAUAAAGCAUUCCAUUCUCAUAA